GCUAUGCUUUCAGUGUGAAAAUAUGGCUACUUGGCGUAAAGUAGGCCUAUAGAUACAACGUUGCUUCAUUUGGCAACAAUGUUGCAGGAUAAAUAAACAAUAUGCAUCACCGAAAAAUUGAACCGCCUGUAGACACUGUGGGCUACAUGUAUGCAUAGUUGUCUAGGCGUGGCUACCUACUAAUCACCACGACAUCUUGUGAGGCAACAAAUCGCCUCCUCGCCGUUAUGGCAGGACUGACACGAGCAAUGCUCGCUCCAUCAAGGCCUCAUGUCCACUGCCUCGAGCCACAUAAUAAGGAAAUGGAAGUUGAGAACGUCACAAAGACAAUGCUUUUUGUUUUUUGACAAUUGCAGUGCAAGUUGAGACGCAAAUGUUGAUGCUUGUUCUUUUCCCUCAUUAUUUCUGAGUGAGACAUAGGUCAAACUUAAGUUAAAUAGAAACUUGUUGCAAGUGUAGGCUACAACGUCACAUCUGGAAUAAAUAGGCAGUGGAUAUGGUCUGCUUCUGAAAUAGUGGUAACCCCACAAGAAAUUAACUGGUUUUAUAUUCAAUAUUCAAUGAAACUUCUCAAAACAAACCUUUGACUAGGACAAUUUAAGAUAUAUAUACUUUUUUAAAUUAAUGUAAACAUUUCAAAGUUGAACAGUUUUAUAAGCAUGUUCUUUGUGGAAAAGACCGUUUGAAUUACAAAUAACCUAGUGAUAUCACAUUAAACUUGACUAAAUAUAUUUAUUUUUCCUCAUCCUUGUUUUUGUAGAUAACUAUGUUUUAUUCAGCGAAAGGUACUUUUUCCAUGGAUAAACAGUUUGAAUACUCUUGAAAUACUCUUGAAAUACUUAUACAACAUCUUUUGAUUACCUUAUACAUGAGCUCAGCCUGUGUGGUGGGGAGCCAACAUGCUACAUGUUUGCCUUUGAUAGAGAAAUGUUUUUGUGUGUGGUGGAGGGAGGUCCCCUUGCUUCCUCUGGAAAUGUCCCACAAUCCCCUUCACCUCUUUGGGUAGGAGGCUGAUUUCCAUGAGAAAAGAGCAUCAGUUGGGUUAAUGGGAAGGACAGCUCUUAGGAAAAACACAUGGUAGCUAAUAACCAGAGAAGAACAGGGACAGCUCUGAUCUUAUUUUUUUGUAUUUAUUCACCUUCUGGGGAGCACGGAGGAGUGGCGAGGCCCGGCGGGGACAGUGGGUUCGCGUAACAAUGGAUGUUAAGCAUCAAGACGGCAACAAGAUUGUUCUAUCUAGUUAUUUUCUCAAGAAAGCAUGAGAAAAACAGGCCGAUUGGGAGCCUGAGAACUGGAUCAUGGGCAUCAGAGGACGUCUCUCAAAGUGUGUGAACUGCACAGGAGCAGACAUUGACAACAGCAGCACUAUCUGAGGCCCAGACCGUAGCCCUCCUAAGCCCUACCCGGUCCUGCCUGGAGCCACGCCCUACACUGCCCUCCACCACUCCCCACGUAGAGCCUGGAAGGCAGGGAAGCCACGGCCGGGAUUUCAUGGCAACAGCACCCUAGGGCUGCCAUGGCAGCUGGUGCCGCCGAGGCUCCACGCCAUGUUACAGCACUGACGCCGGAGGACGAGGAACGACUAGCCGCUGCCGAGCUGUACAGCGACACUACCCUGCCACGGACAGAGAGAGAGAGAGAGAGGGAAGAGCGAGCCAGCGGCAGCGAGUGUUUGGUGUGUGGGACUUGGUUUGGUUCGCAGGAUAAACUUCGGCUUCACUCUUUCUGUCACACGGGAGAGAAACCCUUCCACUGCUCCCAGCCACACUGUCCUAAGGCCUUCAGCUCCAAAUAUAAACUGUUCAGGCAUAUGGCCACACACUCUCCGCAGAAAACUCACCAGUGCUCGUUCUGCGAGAAAAUGUUUCACCGCAAAGAUCACCUGAAGAACCACCUGCAGACCCAUGACCCCAACAAAGAGGCCUUCAAGUGUGAGGAAUGUGGCAAGCACUACAACACCAAGCUGGGCUACAAGCGUCAUGUGGCCAUGCAUUCAGCCACGGCUGGGGACCUCACCUGUAAGGUGUGCCUGCAGAGCUACGAGAGUACCCCUGCCCUGAUGGAGCAUCUCAAGAGCCACUCGGGCAAGUCCCCCGGAGGUGCCAAGGAGAAGAAGCAUCCGUGCGACCACUGUGACCGCCGCUUCUACACACGGAAGGACGUGCGUCGCCACAUGGUGGUCCACACCGGCAGAAAGGACUUCCUGUGUCAGUACUGCGCCCAGCGCUUCGGCAGGAAGGACCACCUGACGCGGCAUAUGAAGAAGAGCCACUCUCAGGAGCUGCUGAAGAUAAAGACUGAGCCUCUGGACAUGCAAGGCAUGCUGGGCUCUGGCUCCUCCCCCUGCACUGUCAAAGAGGAGCUCAGCCCCAUGAUGUGCAGUAUGAGUUCCAACAAAGACCCCAUGCUGGCAAAGACGUUCCCCAGCGGCACCCCCUUCCCCAUGGGCAUGUACAACCCCCACCACCUCCAGGCCAUGUCCAACCCUGAGGUGGGCCACCACCACUCUCUGAUGCCCGGCUCCCUGUCCGCUGCCAUGGCGAUGGGCUGCCACAUGGAGCCCCCCCUCCAUUCCCCGCACCACCACCACCACCACCAUCACCACCACAUCCAAAACUCCCCCCCGCUGCCCCACCUGCAGCAGCCCCAACAGCACCAGCAGCAACAGCACGCCCAGCCGCCGCCCAAAUACCAGCUGGGAUCUACCUCAUACCUGCUGGACAAGCCCCUCAAAGUGGAGAUGGAGAGCUUUCUCAUGGAUCUGCAGAGUGGGCUGCCGGGCCACCACUCAGGCGAUCAUCAUCAUGCUGCUGCCUCGCCCCCCAAGGAGGGACUAGAGCACCCCUCAGGCCUGACAGACGAGCUGUGUGGUGACCCCCUCCUGUCUAAGAGCCCUGCUGUCAUCGCUGAGUCUCUGUGCACAGCUAACAUGGACUUCUCUCACCUGCUGGGCUUCCUGCCUCUCAACCUGCCCCCCUACAAUGCCCCCAUCAGCACAGCAGGACUAGUCAUGGGGUACACCUCAUCUGCUGCCUCCUCGUCUUCCUCCUCUUCGUCAUCCUUGCGUGGCACUGAGCCCCACGCCGCUGCCACAGCCGCACCUCUUACCUCUUUGCAACCUCAACCUCAGGAGCAGCAUGGCUCCAGCAGGGGCCUUGGUCUAGGGCCCCUGCACCCUCUCCCGCCAGUGUUUAGCUCCAGCCUCAGCACGACCACCCUGCCUCGCUUUCACCAGGCCUUCCAAUGAGGGGCCCCCAGGCCAUCAUCCUCAGCUCACUGCCUCACACCCAGGGGCCCAGGGGCAUCCUGGGCUGCCAGGGUGGACAUAAAAACACUUGAACACUUAGAAGCCUUAAUUGAAGUGCACAAAAGCUUUUGAUUGAGCUCCAGAGGAAACUAAAACCCCUUUUUGUUGAAACAAAAAGGAAAAGACGAGAAACUUUCAAACUAAGGAGCUUUUGUUUGGCUUUUCUUUAGCUGUGAUGAUUGAAUCCCUCUCGCUUUGUUGAUGUUUGUUUAGUUGGAUCCCCAUUUAGCUUUUGUAGAAUCAGCAGCUACUCUUCCUGGGGUCCACAAAAAACACGACAAGUAACACAACACUGAUACACAAGGACAGUCACACAAAUAAAAUACAGGGAUGUACAAACAAUACAUCUCAAAUAUGUGUGUGUGUGUGUGUGUGUUAGAGUGUGUGUCUCUUAGUGCGUCUGUGUGCUAGUGUGUCUGUGUGUUAGAGUGUGUGUCUCUGUGUGCUAGUGUCUGUUAGUGUGUCUGUGUGCUAGUGUGUGUCUGUGUGCUAGUGUGUCUGUGUGUUAGUGUGUCAGUGUGUCUGUGUGUCUGUGUGUUAAAGUGUGUCUGUGUGUUAGUGUGUCUGUGUUAGUGUGUCUGUGUGUUAGUGUGUCAAUGUGUGUGUGUGUGUGUGUGUGUGUGUGU